AUGUAUCUUUCGAAACAGUUGGCACAACUUCAUCCGGAACUCACGAUGCCAAUGUUUUCAGAAAUCACGUACAGGUUUCAAACGGCACGACCGGAACUUCGUCAGCUUCUUUUACAAUAUCUUCUUCCGUGGUUGUACAACAUGGAACUCGUCGAUCCGAAAGUCCCCCCGGCGAAUCCCCUCUCGUAUUUUCAGUACUAUGCGAACGAGGUGAACAGAGCGGGUACAAGACGUGAAGGUUGGGGUUCAGCUGAAGCUACCGAAAUGGUUCUUAACAAUCUUUUUUACUUAACGGCAAAGUUUUCUGACGAGCAUCCCAAAGAAAUCGAAGAAUUGUGGACGACGCUUUGUUCCUGUUGGCCGAAUAAUUUAAAAGUCAUCAUAAGGUACCUACUCAUUAUAUCCGGAAUGGCGCCGCAAGAAUUGUUGUCUUACACGAAACGAGUCGUUUUGUAUUUGGCUCGUUCCCGACCCGACAGGUUGCUCGAUGAAAUGAUGAACGAGUUGCAAAUGGUCGAAACGUUAAAUUGUUUAAUCGAAAGAACGGAAACUCCUCCGUUUUACAGAUUAACAAGUAUGAGAAAAGCAUCGAGUCAUUCGGACGGUCCUUCAGGUAUGGCCGGUCAAAACGAUACCGGAAAUAGAAACGAAUUAGGGGUGGAAAAAGGAACGAUACACACGAAAAGACACAGCGGAGAAGAUCCGGUGAAAACAGGAACGUCAAAGUCUGAUUCUGCUCUCCGAUCGCUGUCUAGUUAUUCGAAUCACAGAUCUGAAAAAGGUAGGACGACGUCUGGUCCGUCAAUAGUUGCUGAUGAUGCAUCCAAUCAAGUCGUGUCUGAACCUCAAGUUGUUAUCGAAGAUGGAUGCACUGUUCUCAGGAACGGACAAGGCGAUAGGUUCGACGUACCUCAGCCUCAUCCUUUACCUAUGCCCGAAUAUGGCGGAUAUUUUGCACCGCUGACCGAAUAUCUUCCCGAUUGUUCUCAACCCAUCAGCGGUUUUCAUAGGUGUAACGUGGCCGUAAUGCUUUUGACUGAUGUCGUGGUGGACGGCGUUGAAGUCGAUUGGUCCAUACAUGUUCCUUUAAUGCUUCACAUAUUAUUCCUCGGUUUGGAUCACACGAGACCCCUCGUUCACGAACAUUGUAAAACGCUCCUCCUAAAUCUUCUCGUCGUUCUAGCGGAUCAUUCCGAUCAUUUAACGGUCGCACAAAUUCUUCUCAAUUCGAAAACGAAAUUAUUAGGUUUAGGACUCCAUAUCCCUUCUCUCCCGGUAAUUAAUCACAAUUUUACCGAACCCGAUUCGAAUUUCGAUAGUUACCUUCAAGGACCGGCUCUGCCUGUACUCGUGCAGCAGCCAGGAGUAGGAGUAGGAGGAGGAGGACCACCCGUCGUCGAAAGCGGAAAUUCAACCGUUCCCGCCAUUGUCACAUCUGACGUCAUUUUAGAAUCUUUAAGUGUCAAGCCGGGGCCUGACAUGCCGAUUCAGGACGUUGUCAAAUCGCUAAUUAAUUUCUUAUCAUACAGGCAUAAUCAGCCUCUUUGGAGUUACGAAGACAUCACGGCAAAAGUUUGGUCUAUCAAAUCGGCCGAACAGCUCGACACUUUUCUCCAGCACGUCCACCGCGUUUUCAGAGAUUCACUACCUCUUGCGGUUAUAAACGAACGGUGGGCGCAAACGGCUCUUCAAUUAGGACUCUCUUGUAGCUCUAGACAUUACGCGGGACGCUCUCUUCAAAUAUUUAGAUCGUUGAGGAUUGCCAUCACUUCUAGGAUGCUUUCGGACAUACUCUCGAGAUUGGUUGAAACCGUUGCGGAACAAGGAGAAGACAUGCAGGGUUACGUGACCGAACUCUUACUGACCCUGGAAGCCGCCGUAGAUUCUCUGGAAUCGGAUUUCAGGCCUUUGGAUUUUAUGAAAGAAAUAUUUAAAUCAACUCCUAAUUUGAACAAUAAGGAUUCGAUGGGAGGAAAACGAAGUCUUUGCGGUAACAUGGGAUUGGGUCCUUUGAAUCCGAACGCGGGUAGAGAAGGACACACUAGGAGUACCAGUUACAGCGUGUCUUACUGCAUGAGAAACAAACCGGGUUCUCCAGCGUCGGAAAAUAAAGACAUACGUGCGAGAGCUCACACGGAAAUAGAACCCAGAACGGGUUGCAAUUUAAAAUAUCCUACGAAUCUUUCGAGGUCAAGGUCAGCACAGUCUUUAAAACUUUUGGGCGAUUCAUCAUCUCAAGAUGACAAAAUGACAAUACUCGCUCAGUUGUUUUGGAUAGCGGUUUCCCUUCUUGAAUCGGAUUACGAGCACGAGUUCCUUCUCGCGUUGAGACUUCUCUCGAGAGUUUUGCACAGGUUGCCAUUGGAUAGACCCGAUGCGAGAGACAAAGUAGAAAAAUUACAAGCACAAAUACGAUGGACGUCUUUUCCAGGAGUUCACGCACUUUUGUUAAAAGGAUGCACCAAUCCGAACACAUACGAAGCCGUCGUACCUUUAUUAUCCAUGUUCACACCUCUUUUAGAUUUACCGAUGGUGGAUCCAACUCAAAGUUUAGCCUUUCCGAUGAACGUCAUAGCUCUCUUGCCGUACAUGCUUUUGAAUUUCGAAGAUGCCAACGAAUUGUGCAUAAGGAGUGCGGAAAACAUCGCUCAGGCGAGUUCCGAUAAGGGUAAAAAAUUGGAAAAUUUAGGGACCGUCAUGAAUCUUUAUUCGAGGCGAACCUUCAGCAAAGAAAGUUUUCAAUGGACGAAAUGCGUAGUGAAAUAUUUAUACGAUACCUACGCUCAUUUGAGUCUGAACAUUCUUGCAUUUCUAGUCGAGGUUUUGGAAAAAGGUCCUUCCGUGAUGCAACAACCCGUUCUCAGUAUAAUACACUGCAUGCUUCACUACAUCGAUUUGGCGUCAUCGGCAGCUCAACCGAUAAACGCUGAUCUAUUGAGAGUGAUAGCCAAAUACGUCGGAGGGUCACAUUGGAAAGAAGCUCUUAAAAUACUCAAAUUGGUCGUUGCGAGAUCAUCGACUUUGGUCGCACCCACAGCGAUUCAUUCACACAUGGAAUCAUCUUCGUCUCCUCAUCCGUCUUUUUCGGAAAAUGAAAUUUUCACGAAAAAAGAACUUCCCGGACCUACAAUGGAAUUCACGUUUGAUCUCUCUCAAACUCCCGUCAUCGGAAGGAGGUUCAUACCGAGAAAAGAAGAAAAAUCUAACGUUUCUCCUAGGAGAUCCGUGUCGCUGUCACCGGCGGACGGUGGUAACGUAACCGGUUGGAAAAGGCCUUGGAUGUGCCAGGGUCGGGUGAGAGAAUGUUUGGUCAACGUUUUAACGACUUGCGGUCAAAGAGUUGGUCUACCCAAAAGUCCAUCGGUUAUUUUCAGUCAAAGUUCUGAUCUCAUGGAAAGACAAUCAAGCAUGGCAUCAUCGACGGAAGAAGUUUCCGGACCGAACGAUUUAUCGGGAGGAUCGAGAAGAGAUGACGCGACUCAAGAUCAAUUUGGAGUCUUUAAAGAUUUCGAUUUUUUGGAAUACGAAAGCGAAAGCGUCGAGGGCGAAAGCACGGAUAAUUUCAAUUGGGGUGUACGUCGAAGGCCACUCCUGGAGGGAAAAACGGACAGCGAAGUGAUUUCGUCAGCGCACGAAGAAAGCAUAAGCGAAGACACUCCAGUUUUGGAGAAGAAAAAAAGAGGAAUCGUCGAAGAAUCAUCGGAUGACGAAGUCGGUUCCGAGUCACCACUCGAUGAAGUUCCGGUCGCGUCCGAUUUUGUCAUAACAUCCGUCACGUCGAACAUAAUUUAUCCCCCGUCUUCGUUGGCUUUAAGAGAUAGAAGAAGUUCGGAAACGAGAUCUGACACAUCGGGUUCGAGCGUUGGUGACUUGGGUGACGACACGCCGUGCAACGCAUCUCCAAGCCUUACCGGACAUUUGUCCUUCAGACCCGUAGUUCGUGAUUGUGCCGAAGAAGCGUGGAAGCAACAAAUUCUCAGUUUGUUUAAUCACAUUCCGACAACAUCGACUCUCGAAUUAUUCCAGCUCCUGAACAAGUUGAUCAAGGACGUUGUCGGGAAAACGAUCGAAAUGACACGGGAAUCUUGUGCGAAUUUGACCGGACGAGACGUUCAAUUGCUGACGUCGAGAUUAACGACGGUUUGCGAACUUCUCAGCAACCGAGCGGAUCCGCCUCACGUUUGGUUCACCGUGGACGCUCUCCAAGAGCCCAAAUUCACCGACGCACUCCGAUUCGGUAUGUUGGAAAUUCAACAGCAUUUGGAAACGUUUCUCGACAAGAAAGAGCAGGCGGCGGAAUUCGUCGGCGGUAUAAAAACGUCGGCAAAACUUCACCUUCUCGCGGACGAGGAGGGAGGAGAAACGAAUUGUUCGGACAUCAUAUUGGAUUUGGGAAGGGCUUUGUACAAAUUACACUUUCAGUUGCUCCUUCUCUUGGAAUCCGCUCAUAAGAUGGUGACAUCAUUGCACACGAUAGCUCGAAUGCAUCAGCUUUCCGACAUAUCGGACGAAGUGUCGGUCGUAAAGGAAGCGCUGGGUAAAGCCGCAGAAGAAGUAUCUUAUUCGGAUAGGGGAACACCCACGCCGACAGCAUCUCCGUCUACAUCUCCGGGUUCUAUAAUAACCCUAGACUCGAAAUUGGACGACGAAGUUGCAUUGAUGGAUCUCGUUUCGGAAGGAGAAUGGGCAGCAGCAUUGAAACACGCCAGACUGAACAGGUUAGAUUAUUUUAAAUUUAAAAAAAAAAAAAAAAAACGUAGCGAACCGAUUUCUACGGGUUUCGACGACAGCGAUGACAUUACCGAAAUUUUAAACGUUUACUGUAAAGUUUUAUCGAGAGGAAAAUCAGGAGUUUUCGUUGUCACGUCAUCGGAAACGGAAUUAAACGAAUUGACGUGUAAACUUCGUGAAAAUUUAUUUCAAGUUUUAGGAGCGGUAACGCAUUUAGAAAAUCAAAUGAAAGAAACGAAAGAAAUUCAAAGGAACACAGAUUAUUGA